UACAGUUUGUAUGCUUAUAGAACGUUGGUUCGUCUUCCGUGGGUACUUAAGACUUCAUGUCGUUUCCUCAGCUUUUGCGGCUUUCUCGGACGGUUUCAAUGCCGCGACUUCAUACAACAAUGAUCGCGGGUCCUAAUUCAUUUUUCCCGGAUGUUCAAGCAAUAACGGCAAAACAAAAUUCAAGAAACCGUGGAGAUUGGGGUCUAAAAAAGCAACUUCCACAAUUGAAAACGAGAUAUCUUCGAGUUUAUGAACUGGACUCCUAUGAACGUCAAAGUGUAUUUAAAAGCGGCGAUCGUUAUGUACGGUUGUUAAAAAACAUUAGAUGUCUCGGACUUAAUCAAAAUCGGCUACGGAUAGAUUUGCUUGAAAAAACGCAAGAGUCCAAUAAACACAAGAUUUCCGGUGGGCACCAUCACCGUAUUCCAAAACCAAAAAAUUUGGCUCUAGACAUUUCUGGUGGAUUACAAUAUAGCACCCUGCACCUUUUGAAAAACAGACGUCUUUGGAAAGAACGCCGUGGUUCGCGAAGUUUAUUACGAGACGAAAUUCCUGUCGUCCUUUUCUCACAAACCCCUGCCGUUCAGUUGUAUGGCGUUGGAGGACUCACAGUUGCUUCGUUGCGGUCUUCGUCGUUUGGAAAAAACAGAGCCAGAUUUCUCUCUUUUGCAGAACGGAUUCAGUUCUCAAUCAAUGCUGACGGCCGAAUAACGCUUGAACCACAGCACGUAACGACUCGUUCUAAGCAACAUACUGGCCAACUUCGAGGCCAACGUUUGUCAAUGAAUAACGGAGAGACGGGUCUAUCUUCAGAAGAACAGUUUAAUGCAGAUCUAGCUCAUGCUUUAGAUUCGUCAACCCCGAUAUCGAAGUAUGGUGAUUUUCCUCCCGCCUUUGUCCUUACCGAAGAGUCUAAUGACAAACCAUUCUAACCGCGUUACGUAUCAUCACCCUUUUCUUAACGUACUCUAAGUCAUGUUCAUUAUCCCCUCCGUUGUUCAUGGUCCCCAAACGCUUUUCACCGUUUAACUCGCCGCAAUCCGUGUUCACCUGAUGCUUCACAUCCUUCUUGAUGAAUUCCUUUUCCUCCGCUCUUUACAACUUUUACAAUAACUAGUACCACUACAUACACCUUUAUAGAUGAACAUACGAACUUACUAUAUGCCCACCUCAACUGUUAGAGUAAUUGAUCACAUUCAUUCGGUUUAUUUACGGUGUACAGUGCAAACGGUCGGCUCCCUGUUCCUCCCACUGCUAAACGUUGUUAUUAGAAUUCAGAUAUCUCAUUAAAUAAAUGUUCAAAGACAACUAACAAUGGUAUCCGCGCGUAUACAACAUCUAUUAAAACCCGCA